AUGAUGCUUUCCGUACCCGUCCUCCUUAUCGCCUCUUGCCUCUCUCAGGCCUAUGGGAGUGCCCUCCCAGUUGCCAGCGGCGAGAUGAUCGCGAGACAAGAACCAGCUAAGAAGGAGACCAUUGUCGCCCAAGAUCCCUUUUUCGAUAUUCUGCAAAAGGCAAAGCGAGAUCUCUCGGUUCGAAAUAAGAAACAGACUACACUUGAACAUUUGACCGAGAUUCUCAAAACCAGAACCGCAAUCCAGAAGGGCAAUCCUCCAGUCGGUGAUAUAAACUGGCAGCCACUAUCGCCAACUUGUAUGCUCAGUGUUCAAACAUGUGUUGGUUGGGGAAGCUUCGUACGCCAAACUCUUCUGUCAACCGAGUCUCUCACUGUGGAUAUGAACACGAAUCUUGAGAUAUCCAGGUCAAAUGAGGGAACCCGUCCCAUGAAAAUCGAAGUCAAGUCCUCCACAGCAGUCACAGUUGGCACCCAAAAUGGCUGGAAUAUCGGUUUGAAAGUAACCGGAGCAGCCUCUGGGGUUGGAGGCGAGAUUUCGGGCGGAUACUCCUCAACUACCACAAAAUCGACUGUUCAGACCAAAGAAGUUUCCGAUUCUAUGGAAUGCUCACCAAACAACGAGUGUCGCUUUGAAACCCGGGCCUACGUUGUUACCGUGAAGGGCAAAUGCAGCCAAGCUCCAAUGGUGCACUGCUCAAAGACUGGAAAGGGAAGCAUGUGCGACGACGCAUCUAGAUGGGGGAAAGCCUGCCCUGAGCUCUUAACCCACAAGCAACUUUGCGCCAGCACAGCUCCUGUCGACUGCAUUGUGUCUUUCCCUCUUGCGGAUGAAAACGGCAAACUCUAUACCCAACUUGCUUCUAUUGAAGUCCCAUUGAAGGCCUAA